ACGACAGGCCACGGCGAUAGCGUCCAAGGUAUCUACAAUUUUGUGUAGAUUAUUCCAUUUUUGCUCGCGAUGGGCCAAUAGUCUACUAUACCAGGGAGACCACCGCAUCCCAUCGUUCAGACGAAUGAGUCCCGGCAUCGUCAGCUCCCCCCGCCACCCGCUUCUUCCUCCUCACUUCUCCUGCUUGCCGUCACAAAUGUGAGCUUUAGGAGGUAGACCUACGUUAGCAAAACGAAAGAUACUGGUUACUACUUUGUCUUAUCCAUCGGAGAAGCCGCUGGCCCCCCCCGCCCAUGGCUUCAGCGCUCGGUGCCUCCCGAUCUCAUCGGGAUCACUUCGUCGAACCCCCCGGCAUCAUAGAGCGGAUAUGCACUUCCCUACCACCGAUUGCCCGGCCGGUCCUUGCAACGCUUCGUGCUAAGGGCGAGUCGGUCGCUGCAGCGUACACGAGAGAGCAGAGGAGAAUGAGAUACCGACGCAGUGGAGGGAUCCAGGCGAUCCUGCGACCGUUGUUUUCGGUGCGGAAUGCCUUGAUCGCAUUGUGGAUUUUAACGCUGUGGUGGGGAGAGAGGAAGGUAUUCAGAGAUGCCGUGGGGAAGUGUGAGUGGACAAACUGGGAGAAGUGGCCCGAGGAUGCCGUUCCACAUCACACUGCACUUAUUGCAGAUCCUCAACUCGUCGACCCCCAUACAUAUCCCGGCCGUCCGUGGCCGCUGUCUUCAUUGACUACAUACCUAUCCGAUCUCUACCUGUACAGAACACAUUCCCUGCUUCAGGAGAAGCUCCGACCGGAUACUACAUUCUUUCUUGGAGAUCUAUUUGACGGUGGAAGGGAAUGGGGCACCGCUAGCAGCUCGAGCCCCGAUGAUAGAUAUAAAAAAUACGGGAACGAUGUGUGGAUGAAAGAGUAUGCGCGAUUUUCACGGAUAUUCUUUGACACGUUUAGGUUGGGCGGCGUCGAUUCCGCAGCAAGCCCGAGAGGAAGAAAGAUAAUCGCUAGCCUGCCUGGGAACCAUGAUCUGGGCUUUGGGAACGGAAUUCAACUGCCUGUACUCGAACGCUUUCGUGCAUACUUUGGCGAAGGGAACAGGGUUGAUAUCCUUGGAAAUCAUACUUUUGCUUCCGUGGAUUCCGUCUCGCUAAGCGCGAUGGACCAAGUCGAUCCUGCGACUGGAGGCUCGAGCACGAGUAGUCCGCAUUCCGAGCAGAUUUGGAAACCGACGGAGGUGUUCUUAAACGAAUUCCAGACGUUGAAGUCUCGAGCAAUCAAGGAGGAGCUACUCUUCCUGAACGGAGAGACGGAGGGAUAUAUAUCCCCGCAUACCGUUGUCGAUGCUACCGUACCUACGAAGCCUACGAUAUCUCCCGCUGCAUCUGAUGCAGACUUUCCUACCAUCGUUCUCACCCACGUUCCUAUGUACCGUAAGGCUGGCACACCGUGUGGUCCACUUCGCGAAUAUUGGCCUCCUUCAUCGACCGAUCCGCUCCCGGAAAGCGACGAGAGAAACGCCAUCAGAAUCGGUUGGGGAUACCAGUAUCAAAACGUACUUACCCCCACAAUUUCCGAGGAUAUCAUAAAGAAGACUGGACCCGUCGUUCAGAUAUAUUCGGGCGACGACCACGAUUAUUGCGAGAUCACGCACCGAGAGUUCAGCGGCGCACCAAAGGAGAUUACGGUCAAGAGUGCGUCCUUUGCGAUGGGCGUCAGACAACCCGGCGUUCAGCUGGCGAGUCUGUGGAACCCAAUUGACCCCAAGUCGGGCAAGUCGUUGCAUCCGACGGGCUCUCAAACCAUCGAGAACCACCUUUGCCUCUUUCCCGAUCAAUUGGCGGUGUUCAUCCAAUAUGCCUAUGUCUUUGUCUUUUCUAUGCUCAUCCUUUUGCUCCACGCUAUAUCUGUUACCUUGCGGGCUGACCAUAUCCCUGACGCGUCUGACCCGAUCCUCCCCCUCACACGCCGCUUCCUUGAGGACAUCCCUUCCUCCUCGACAUCGAGUACAUCUACAUCUACGUCGUCGCUCUCGGCUGGCGAGAACAGAUUUAGCAAUCGCUGUGGAAACGGCAUCGUCCCGCGCACAGCCUCCAGCUCCCCGUCAAACGAUGGAACAAGACCAGUGAAAUAUCUACAAUUUGGCGGGAGUACGGGAGUCAGCGAGAAACUUGAACGCUCUUCUCGGGACGAGUGGGACUUUUCCGACAAAGUCAAAGAGAGGUCGUGGACGGGUUUUAGGACCACGGUCGGAAAAGAUAUGGGGUCCCGUGGCGGUCGCCGGUCGUUUUUCGUGUUUCGCAGGCAUUUUGUUUCAUCACUCAAAUGGGUUGCUGGCGUUUCUUUUGCAUGGUACUUUUGGUUACUUUGGACAUGGUAAUUGGGCGUGGGAGGGGUUGUAAAACUUGGGUGGUCUGGAUUUUGAUGUGCUUAUCACUUUAAUUAUAUAUAUAUAUAUACCACUA